AUGCCAGCCGAAGGACUGCUCAACAUCGUCCUGCAGCACUACCAGGACGUCCACGAUGCCGAAAAGACGGACCAAAUCAUCGGCACCACGGUGCACCUGCUGACGCAGCUGUCCAACCCGCUCAACCUCGGCGUCCUCACCUCGCAGCUGCUGACCGCCCCGGCCAUCUGGCACCGCCGGGACGGAGCGCGAACCGCCAUGCGAGUCAUUAGCAUCUACAACGCCGCCGCCGCCCGCGUGCGCGACCGCGAGGCCGACGGCCGCCACCCCCCGGGCGGCGGCCUGAGCUGCGAGAAAUGGACGAGGGCCGUGGUCAAGGGGGCGGACGGCCGGUCGCGCCGCUGGCAGCACCUGCUCGUCCUGACCGGCGUGCUUCUGGGCAUGGAGGGCGGCGGCCGACGCGCCCUGCCGCGGUCGCUGCGCGGCACGCUCGAGCGAGCCGUGGUGACGGCCGCCAACCUCGCGCUCCGGGGGGACGUCGACGUCGACGUCGACAACGGCCCCGCGACGGAGGCGGCGGCGGCGGCGGCGGCGGCGGUUGUCGCCGCGCUCAGCCUCGCCCUGCCGCUGCUCUCGGAGCACCACGCAGCGCAGGUGGACUGCGACGCGCUGCUCCCCGCGGCCGUGUGGGCCAUCACCGGCGAGGAGGGCUUCUGCGACGCCCGGUUCCUCCGCGCCGUCGACCGGGACGUCGCGCCGGGCGACGACGUGCUGCUGCUGUCGUGGCCGCCGCACUCCCCCUCCUGCCAGCUGCUGCGGGAGAUGGAGAAGCAGCCGCUGAUGGCCAACAUGGGCCCCGUGGCCAAGCUGGCGGCCUUUGCGGCGCGGCACGCGCAUGACGCCCCGGCGGUGCUGCAGGCCCAGGAGGCCCUGCUGGUCUUUACCGGCCGGGCGCUCGACUCGUGGCGCCGCGGCCGCUUCAGCGGCGUCGACCCCGCGUGCGAGGGCGCCCGCCUGAGCCCGGAGACGCUGCGCACCGCCUGGCCGCUGCUGUGGCGGGUGCUGCGGAAGCUCGUGUUUGCCGUCACGGCGGUCCUGCAGGCCAUCGUGGCGCGCGGCCUGCUGGACGCGCGCAUGCUCGUCGCGCGCGCCGUGGGCCCCGGCGUCGUCGCCGCCAGGUCGCUGCUGAUCCUGCGCAACAUGUUCUUCAUGUCGAGCCGCGACGGCAACAGCGCCUUCCAGGCCUACACGUUCGCCUACAUGGCGUCGCUGGAUGUCCUGGGCCGCGACGGCCCCGCCGCCGAGGCGUUCCUGCGCGACAUUCAGCCGCCGCCCGACUCCUCCUCCUCCUCCUCCUCCUCGGCGGCGGCGGCGGCGACGGCGACGGCGACGCACCUCGACCGGACCCUGGACCUGUACUACCUCAACGUCGCGGAGCAUCUCCCGCUCUGCCUGUCCACCGACGCCUGCGAGUCGCUCGUCGUCAAGCCCGCCCUCGCGUACCUGUCCCAGCAGGAAGGACCCAUGACGCCGUCCGUGGCCGAGACCUUCGAGGCGGCCCACAGCGCCAUCCUGUCGGUCCUCGCGUGCCCCCAGCACGGCGCGCUGACCGCCAGAAUCGCCCCGUUCUACAUCGUCAAGCUGUUCGAGUCGUUUCCCCGGCACUUAUCGCCGCGCCAGUUCCGCCUCGCCUUCAAGACCGUCAUGCAGGUCGUGUCGCCGCCCUUCCCCAUUGCCGCUGCGGAACCCCACCUGUCCGAGACGCUGCUGGAGAUGCUGCGCGCCAGCAUCGGCGCGGCCAGCACGCACCUGCUGCCACCGUCGUCGGCCGGCCCAGACGCGGCAUCCCGAGCCGGCGAGGAGGCGCGGCAGGAACCGCUGUCGGAGCAGGGCGCCCUGCUCAUGACCCUGGUUGACUCGUUGCCGUGCGUCCCCCUCGCCCUGGUGGAGGAGUGGCUGGACAUUACGGCCAGGGCGAUGCAGGAGCUGGAGGAUCCGCAAAUCAAGGCCGCUGUGAAGAAGAGGUUCUGGGACAUGCUUGCCAACGGGGAGAUGGACGUGGAACGAUCGAUGAUCGGUGUGGCGUGGUGGGGGACAAAGGGGGGUCGGGACUUGGUCUUGCGUGGGGGGGAUGCGCCAGGGCCGCCGGUGAUGAGCGGCGCCCUAGGUGGUGGUGCUCCGACCAGCCGGCUGUAA